GUCAGUCGUUGUUACAUAACGGAAACUUUGGCCAGGGGGCUAAAGUCGUGUAACAUAACACGGGUCAAAUGAGGAGUCGCGGUGCGCUGUGAAUACAGGCUACAUCAGACUCAAGACAUGUCUUCCCAAGACUACGACUGCAUAGUGAUAGGAGCCGGGGUUCAGGGCUCGUUCACUGCCUAUAACCUUGCGAAAAAUAACAAGAAAACACUUCUACUUGAACAGUUUGUUCUGCCGCACUCUCGUGGCAGCUCUCAUGGCCAGACACGCAUCAUCCGCAAGGCCUAUGACGAGGACUACUACACCCACAUGAUGGAGGAGUGCUAUCAGCUCUGGUCUCAGCUGGAGAAAGAGGCCAACGUCAAGCUGUACAGGACCUCCUCUCUCAGACGUACAGGUCUGCUAGUGAUGGGUCCAGAGCAGGGGGACUACCAGGUGUUCAAGUCCACCCUGGAGAGGAACAAGGUUCCCAUAGUGAUCCUGCCGAGGGAGGAGUUCAGCCAACACAUCCCCCAUGUUAACCUGUCCCAGGGAAACGCAGCCCUGGUGGACACCACUGCCGGAGUGCUGUACGCUGACCGCACACUCAAAACGGUACAGGGACAGUUCCAGAAACUGGGGGGUGUGAUCAAGGACGGACAGAAGGUGAUUGACAUCACACCGGGCUCUGUGGUAACCGUGACGACAGUCAGUGGGGUGUACAGAGCUAAGCGCUUGGUGAUCACAGCUGGACCCUGGGCCAACACCCUGCUGUCCCACACAGGCCUUCAGCUACCACUGCAGGUGAUAAAGAUUAACGUGUGCUACUGGAGGGAGAAGAUCCCUGGCUCCUACAACGUCCAGCACCGCUUCCCCUGCUUCAUCCAGCUGGAGUCAGAGGAGGCCAAGCAUCACAUCUACGGCCUCCCAUCCAAUGAGUACCCAGGCCUGAUGAAGAUUUGCUACCACACGGGCGCUGAGACGGACCCUGAUGAGAGAGACAGACAGACGGACAGGGGGGACAUAGACAUCCUACAGCGCUACAUCACCCGCUGCUUCCCUGGUCUGGUGCCCAUCCCUGCUGUGGUGGAGAGCUGCAUGUACACAGUCACGCCAGACAACCAUUUUGUCCUGGACCUCCAUCCCACUCAUAGUAACAUCGUCAUCGGAGCAGGUUUCUCAGGUCACGGAUUCAAGUUUGGCCCAAUCGUUGGCAAGCUGCUGUGUGAACUGAGCCAGGGAGAAGUACCCUCCUAUGACCUCUCCCCCUUCAGAAUCAGACGCUUCCAAGCCCACUCCAAGUCAGCACUGUAGGAUCGGGACCGCUGGCUUUAACAACCAUUUCCUCAGGAACAAGACCUUUACAAAAUGAAGAAAUGAAAGGUUUUCAUACCAGUGUGUCUGAAGCCUAAACAAACAAUGGCCGUUCGUAAAUACUUACUUUUCCAGCUAAGUGCAUUUGUAAUGCACUUUUCUGUAAUGCACAAAAUAAAAUAGCAAAUAAAAAAUAGUUUAAAAGAACAAAACAAAUAUAUCUAACCAUCUCAUGAAAGCAGCAAUCAAAGUCUAAGAGGAAGGCCAUAAUGGUAGGCCAGCUGAUAGAGAAUGUAAAGUCCAACUAUAACAUAGUUGUACAACUGUAAACGCGUUCAUCUGUGACAAAUGGUAUUAAACUUGGGAAAAAAUGGUA